AGCCACACAAACCACAACCAAAACCGGAAGGCUCACCGGAAUGGGAUCAAGAAGCCGAAGACGAACAAGUAUCCUUCGAUGCGUGGUGUAUGUUCUUUUAUUUCUGCUUGUUUUGGCAUAGUACUGAUCUCGUCUGUAGGUGGAUCCUAA